GCCGAAGAAAAAUGCGUCUAUGGCCGUCUGGUGACGGGACAUCCGAACCACCGGUGUUCCUGGAGUGGAGAUCAUCGAAGUUUUUUAUUAUAUUUGUGGUGGUGUUUGCAGUUUUCACGGACAUCUUACUAUAUGGACUAAUAGUUCCUGUGACCCCAACUGCCCUACACGAGAGAGUUGGCCUAUCGGAAGAUAAUGAACAGAGCUGGACAUCUAUCUUGCUGGCGCUCUACGGAGCAGCUCUGCUGGCGUUCUCCCCUAUUGCUGGAUACAUAGCUGAUCGAAUUGAGUCACGGUGGUGGCCUCUAUUAAUUGGCUUGAUUGCCUUGGGUGCCUCUACAGCGUUGCUUUGUGUUGGUACCCAUAUCGGUCUCUGGAUCGCUGGUCGCCUAUUCCAGGGAGCAUCGGCGGCAGUUGUCUGGACAGUAGGAUGUGCACUUCUAGUCGAUACAGUGGGUAAAGACGAGCUUGGACAAGCGUUGGGCUAUAUCGGCAUGGGGAUGACCCUUGGAAUAAUGGGAGGUCCCCUCCUCGGCGGUGUUAUUUAUGAACAUGGAGGGUAUUAUGCUGUUUUUGGAUUAGCCUUCGCCUUGAUCGGAUUGGACAUCUUGUUCCGGAUUAUUAUGAUCGAGAAGAAGUAUGCCGCGAAAUGGCUCCCUCCCCAAGAGGUAUCCUCCGAAGGCGAGAAGAUGGAUAACGAAGCUGCCUCGCAAGACGCCACGGAAUCUUCUGACUCUGCUACGCGGAGAAGCGAUCACAAUAGAGAAGGGAAUCCGCAAACUGUAGCACCUGCAUUGUCAAGGAGCUCACAAACGAUUGAGAAACCAAAUGACCAAGGCCUCGACAAUUCCAGUCACUUGACAACCACCCAGCCCCACCCAGCGAGGGCUAUACUCACUCUACUAGCGUCGCAUCGCAUGAUAGUCACUAUAUGGGCAUAUUUUAUCCUCUCGGUCGCCUUGACUUCUCUUGACAGUGUGCUUCCCCUUUAUGUGCAAGACACUUUUCACUGGGGGCAGACAGGCCAGGGAUUGAUCUUCGUGCCUUUAUCCAUCCCGCACUUCAUAGACCCCUUAGUGGGCUUCAUCAACGACAAAUUCCCGAAUGCACGACGCUACCUUGCAGCAGGUGCACUUUUCGCCACUGUCCCAGUCAUUGUCUGUUUUAGGUUCGUUACGGAGGACUCAAUGAGACAAAAGGUACUGCUCUGCGCCCUAUUAGCUCUUCUGGGAGCCUGUCUGGCUUUCCUCAUGCCGCCCAUCUUGGUGGAAGCCUCAUAUAUUGUACAAGAGAAGGAGGAGAAGAAUCCCAAUAUAUUUGGUAAAGGGGGGGCCAUGGCUCUUUCAUAUGGGAUUUUGAAUGCAGCCUUUGCUGCAGGCAGUAUAGUCGGGCCGUUUUUUGCAGGAUUUAUUCGAGAAAGUGCCGGUUGGGCGACGAUGUCGUGGGCCCUUGCAUUACUGACGGGCGUGUCGGCUGUACCAGUGCUGCUGUUCUUGGGUGGAUUCAUUUUCAAGAACCAGAGGAAUGUGGAACCUCAGUCUGCUGCGUGAUUUGCG